GAGAGUUUCCCUCCAGACCCUUCUUUCUCCUCUCACUCGGAAUUGUCCUCUACCGGCAUUGUUGCAGCAGGACUGCCAGACAUUAAUGCUUUAAUGUAUUUGGGGACAGAGUACUGACAAACCAGAAGAGAAGUUUGUGGCUGUGGGGUUGGCUCUUUCCUGUGCCCUGCUCCUCGGGUUGCCUGUCUCCCAGCCAUUCGUCUUUCCUUUCCUAACUCUCAUUCCCCUUUCCCUCUUCCAUCCUUAGUCUUCCCACCCCUUCCUCUCCUCUGAGCCUGACCCUUCGCUCUACUUGCCCCUCCUUCCCAGCCGAUCCCUCCCCCUGCUCUGGAUCUGCUGGCUGUGGGAUUUUUUCUCAUGCUCCCUGGCAGAUGUGACAGCUUUUGGAACUGUAUCAUCUAGGAACAGCUAUAUGUGGAGUUGAAAAACCUAACGUGGUUUCCCAGGCAGCAGGAAUGGAUCGCUGAGAGAAUACCAAUCUCCGACUGCUUUUGUCUUGUGGUAGUGACUUUUCUUAUUUAUGUUUGUGACAUUUCGUACAGUGCAGUUGUCAGCAGUGAAUGAAAGAGUAAAGUCUAGGAGAUGAUUAUAAAAUCAGUGUCACAGGAUUUGUGCUGUUGUAUUAAAGGGAUGCUGUCUGCGUUAAAAUACAGGCAUCAUGUUCCGCAAGAAGAAGAAGAAACGCCCGGAGAUCUCUGCUCCACAGAACUUUGAGCACCGUGUCCACACUUCCUUUGACCCAAAGGAGGGCAAAUUUGUGGGUCUGCCACCUCAAUGGCAGAACAUUCUCGACACGCUGAGGCGCCCCAAGCCAGUGGUAGACCCCUCAAGGAUCACGAGGAUGCAACUCCAGCCUAUGAAGACCGUGGUGAGGGGCAGCACAGUGGAAGUGGAAGGUUAUAUCUCCGGGAUACUCAACGACAUCCAGAAGCUUUCUGCCAUCAGCUCCAACACUCUGAGGGGAAGGAGCCCCACCAGCAGGAGGAGAGCACAGUCCCUGGGGCUCCUGGGGGAGGACAGACCCCCAGACAUGUACCUUCAGAGUCCUGAAGCAGACUGGGCAGACAAAUAUGGAAACUACCUCAAUUGCAAUGGUGGGACCAAGGUGACCCGGAGGCAGACAAUGUGGCCAGAUUAUAAACCUCGAUUGGAAGGACAAUCUCAUCCCAAUGGAAUGGUAAUGAAAGCCCAAUCCCUCGGGCCCUCGGAGUUCCAGGGUGCUGAUGGCAGCUGCCUCCAGCGUGCUUCUGGAUUGCAGCACAUGCCAACUCUACCAGGGGACAGUGAGAAGACAGGAAAGAAAUGCUCAGAAGAGUGCUGGCCUCAGCCUUGUCUGGUACGACAAGCAAACUCCAGGCCCGCAGGGGAGGGCAGCCCGAGCUCCAAAUCAAGGGAGAACAGCUUGAAGAGGAGGCUCUUACGCAGCGUGUUCCCCUCAUCCAGUGGCUCGAACAAGCCAGGCCCUUCCCUGCAGAUAAAGCCUAACGCUUUCUUCAGGCCCCAGCAAUGGGGUUCCCCACGCAGCCCUGCCGCCAAAGCCCAGUCUCUUCCACCAGACCAGCCUGCAUCUGAUUUCCCCAGGAUGAUCUCAGAAGCUGGGACCCCCCAGAAGUCCCCACCAGUGGAGAAGGCAAUGGCAGUGCCACAGGGCAGGCCCUCCCCUGCUGGGUCUCCUCGGAACCGGCAGACUCAGACAAGUUCCAGCAACCUCCACCUUCCCCAGGACUCUUCUGUGAAGGGGCAGCUGGCCAGUGAGGACCCGGUGGUUGUGACUCAUGAGCAGUUCAAAGCUGCCCUGAGGAUGGUUGUGGAUCAAGGGGACCCUCGGACAUUGCUGGAGAACUAUGUGAAGAUUGGUGAAGGGUCCACAGGCAUUGUCUGCAUUGCUCGAGAGAAGCACUCAGGGCGGCAAGUGGCUGUGAAAAUGAUGGACCUGAGAAAGCAGCAGCGCCGGGAGCUCCUUUUUAAUGAGGUGGUGAUAAUGAGAGACUAUCAACAUGUCAAUGUAGUGGAGAUGUACAAGAGCUACCUCGUGGGAGAGGAGCUCUGGGUGCUGAUGGAAUUCCUGCAGGGGGGAGCCCUCACAGACAUCGUGUCUCAGAUCAGGCUAAAUGAAGAGCAGAUUGCAACAGUGUGUGAAUCAGUGCUGCAGGCUCUGACCUAUCUUCACUCUCAGGGGGUCAUUCACCGAGACAUUAAGAGUGACUCCAUCCUUUUGACACUGGAUGGAAGGGUCAAACUCUCAGAUUUUGGCUUCUGUGCUCAGAUCAGUAAAGACGUACCUAAGAGGAAGUCCCUAGUAGGUACUCCCUACUGGAUGGCUCCAGAAGUUAUUGCGAGGAUACCAUACACUACCGAGGUGGAUAUCUGGUCUCUGGGGAUCAUGGUGAUAGAGAUGGUGGAUGGAGAACCCCCCUAUUUUAGUGACUCUCCAGUCCAGGCAAUGAAGAGACUCCGUGACAGUCCUCCUCCCAAGCUGAAGAACUUCCACAGGACCUCCCCAGUCCUGAGAGACUUCUUGGAGAGGAUGUUGACCCGGGAUCCGCUGGAAAGAGCAACGGCACAAGAGCUUCUGGAUCACCCCUUUCUACUCCAGACAGGACUUCCAGAGUGCCUGGUCCCCCUUAUCCAACAGUACAGGAAGCGAACCUCUACCUGCUGAUUACCCGAGGGGAAAUGCCAGGAAAAAGUGAUGUUUAUUAAACACAGAUUAACAAAGAUCAAGAGUUUUUGUUAAUCCUGAUAGAUUAACAGGCAGUCUCGCCCUGUGAAUGGUGCUUGGAACUUGUCAUCGGUCAUUUUAGAGGCUGAAUGGGAAUUCUGUCCUUGCAUUCUCAGCCUUUUGUGGCUUCUCUUUUGCUGAAGACAAUCAAUACAGACUGGAUCCCAAUAAGAGCAAGUAUGUCUCAAGAACAAAGCAGGUGUUUGGUAUCUUGUGGAUUGCUGCUUCUGAAGAAUGGCAUUUUAACGUGGAGUCUGAAGUUGCAUAUCAGAAUGUCUGCAGGUUCCUGCAAACCUUGGCUGCUGACUACUGAACUGGAACACUAUUUCCCCAUUACGAAUGUGAUCUUUGUUUCCUUUGUUGUACACUGGAGCCUUGAGCUGACUCAAACGUACAUUGUGGGGCACAGGCCCCUUGAAACUCUCAGACAAUGCACAAAGACUUGACAGGUUUUUUCCUCUGAGACCUUUUCACAGAUGAUUUUAAUUUCCUUGGGUGAAACGUGGACCUCGAAAACUGUACAUAUUUUCCUAGGGAGCAGAUGUGAUAUGUAUAUAUUUGUUUCUAAAUGGCUUUCUUGCAUCAUCAUGCUUCUCUUUUGCUGAGGAAUAUGUAUGGUUUAGUGGUCAAUCUUGAAUCCAUUUCAUGUUCUUUAACUUUUGGAGGGGGAAACCCUUGGACACAGGCUUCAAAACAGACUCUGGCAACAGGUAUUCCUGCCACCAGGAUCUCGUGUUUGAAAAUUCACUAUAUGCAACACCUUCAGUGCUGGUUGGAAUGUGGAAGCUGGUUCCUGUGUUUGGUUUCCAGGCACCUUUCUUUCCCAGUCCUUCCUCCCAGGAGAGGCCUCCCUGGGACAAUCAUUGGGGAACACUUUGAGGAUGCUCAAGGAGACUGAAUGGAAGAGUUUGAGCUGUCCUGCACAUCCCAGGAGAGAGUUUUGUGUUCACGAGGUGCUUUGUUGAGCCUCUGUCUCCCCGGCUUGCUACCGCAGAACAUGGGGAGCAGAGAAACCUUUAAUGUAUGUUCCAUUCUUGGUGUGCCCCUUCCCACCACCCCUUUGCCGAUGCAUUUGGAAGGUUGCUGGUUGUCUAAACUGCUCUUUUAGCUCUUUUGAAAUAGAUGUAGCUAUUUUAUAUGAUACACUUUCUGAUCAGUGAGCUGGUCAAGGGUCAUUGGACUCGAGGUCAGGAUGUGACGUUGUACAGUAACAGUGUGUGUUGUGAGGUCUCAAGAGUAUAAUCUUACACGUGGAACUCGGAUCCUUUUUGGAAACUCCAGAUACAAAUUUAUUGGGAUUUAAGUUAUUCCUGGGACAGUUGUUCUGUCUCAAACUAACCUCAUAGUUGCAGAAGAUGUCACUAAGUUCUAUCCUCUGCUAUUGACUCCAGUUAAAGAUCCUGCUUCAGAAUUGAAGCCACAGUUGAUUACUUGAAGUAAUUUGGGAUGGAAUUCAUCUGCACUGAUGCCAGCCAGCAAAUGGUGGGCACCCAGUCUGCGAGGCAUAUAGCCUGGCUCUGCAGAGCAUGGUGAGGGGAACACCUCAGAGGUGGUUCAUCUCUGUUAUCUCAGAUACCUGCUGAAGGACACAUCGCUGUCUCUCACACCACUCACUCUGCCUGUGGCCAGUACAGGGAUGGGGGUGGUUUGUCUAGACUGGAUGUCUGCGUUUGGGGCUGAUGAAGUUGGUUGGAAUGAAUUCAUUUGGCUCCUCUUUAGCUGCACUGGAAGGUUUUGAUGUAAAAUGUUUCUGUAUUCCAGAUAUCCUGCUUUUUUUAUGCCAAAGAGCAGGGCUUUGAGAAGAUUUCUAAUUUGAAACAAAGGACCCUGCUCGUCUGUAGUUGUGAAUCCUUUGCACUCGUGUUUUAAAUUAAAGUAGAUCUUGAUUUAUUCAUAA